UUUGUCGACCACCUUUUAUUAAUAAUAAUGUGUAUAUAAUAUGACGAUUUACAUGUAAUGCGUUUCGAAACAAAUUUUAUGUUUUAUUUACUAAAAAACCAACGAAUUAUUUCCAAAAUGCCGGGUUCGUAUAGGUUUGAUUUUUUGGAUGUAACUUUUCCUGCCGCAAUGGCAACUCCGCACGCAUCAAUCGAGCGCUAUAGUUGGCAACCGCGCGAGUAACAACUUCAGUGUGAUUAUUCUUGAGACUCACUUCAUGUUGGACCGGCGACUUGCGUUUAUUUUACGUUUAAAACGUGGUGUACUUUUGUGUUUUAGUUGUGUGAUUCAUAAUAAAUCGACUAAUAAAUUGAAUUUAAGGUUUUAUUUUGGUUGAUUUAUAUAGCGGACGAGAUUACAAUCUUCUAACGCCAUAUCCAAGUGAUAUCGCCGCUGUUAAUAAUUGGUAUAGCAUUCCAUUGAAAACAUUCACGCACCAGGAAAUUUGUUCAGAUCACCAACACUGUUGCCGACUUGGUGUUCGAUUCACUGGCCCAUCGCUGUCAUCGACAUCAAUUGGUCUCUGGGCUACUGAGCAGCGAUACGUUGAUACAAAAUUUAACGGAAUGGCAUCCAGUAACAGAUCCAAAAAAUGUAUGCGAAUUGCAAGACAGACUAGGAGAGAUAUGAUGAAAAUUUCAAUGAAUGAAAACGGUACUUAUAAUUCCGAUAACUCUGAACUCUCUGAUAUCGAAAUGUCAUCUGGUUCUACCAAUGAUUCAGAUGGGUGUAACGAGCCAAGUACCUUUGAGUACUACUGUACAAACGACAAUGCAAGUGAUCCAGAAAGUCACGAUUUAAUAAAUAGUAAAGUUGCGAGUAAUGAGAAUCCCGAAGAAGUAGAUCCUUAUGCAGAUCCAAAUUCAUUAUCCAAUAAAUUGAGAACUUGGGCUAUACGUGCUCAUGUAUCUCACUCUCAAAUCAAUAUGCUACUUCCAAUUUUGAAGGAAUAUCACCCUGAUUUACCACUAUCUUCAAAAACACUUCUUAAGGUUGUUAAAAACUAUAACAUAGUUGAUAUGCUAAGUGCAAAAGAUGACGCUGGUGAAUAUGUUUACUUCGGAAUUACACAAAACUUGAAGUACGAGUUCCGUCGAGGGCUUCACCAUAUAUUACAAAAAUACGAUAAGACACAAAUUGAUUUGAUUUGUAACAUUGACGGUGCGAAAAUCCAUGUCAGCACAUUGCUGAAUUUUUGGCCAAUUCUGGGAAUGAUAUAUAUCAAAGGUAUCAAGUUCUCGCCCUUUCCUAUUGCUAUAUAUAAUGGCAAGGGCAAACCAAAGCAUGUAACAGAGUAUCUUAAAGAUUUUGUUGAUGAAAUCAACCACAUGCACACUUAUGGUUUCAGUUACGGAGGUAAAAAGUAUGAAAUACGCCUGAAAGCUAUUAUUUGCGAUGCACCUGCCAGAGCAUUUAUCAAGUGUAUAAAGGGCCAUGGAGGAUUUUUUGGUUGUGAGAAAUGUACUCAACGUGGGUUUCGAAUCAAUAAUAAAGUGAUAUUCCCAGAAAUAGAUAAUGUAAUAUUACGAAAUGACAAUUCAUUCAUCCGAGAAUGUAGGUCUCGCGUGACAGAACAUGUUACUGGUCUUUCACCUCUCUUAGACGUGAGUUAUUUCGGAUUAGUUUCUGGAUUUCCCCUAGAUUAUAUGCACAUGGCAUGUUUGGGUGUCAUGAAGCGUGUGCUAGGCCAUUGGCUCCAAGGAGCGGCAGAACAUCGAUUAGCACCUUCUAAAAGGCAAAUAGCUUCAAGGCGCAUUCUGGAUGUGGCAGAACAUACACCAUGUGAGUUUGAUCGUAAACCACGUUCUCUCACAGAAGUUGAUUAUUGGAAAGCUAAAGAGUUCAGAACGUUUAUGAACUAUUAUGGUCCAUAUAUCAUGGAAGAUUUAAUUUCGAAUAAACAAUUCAAGCAUUUCUUACUCCUUCACAUUUCUAUGAGGAUAUUAUGCUCAGGAAACUACAGAGAUGGUUUAGGAGAAAUUGCGAAAGAAAAAAUGAAGCAAUUCUCUGCUCGGGUUCAGUAUAUUUAUGGCGAAGAUGCUAUAAUUUAUAAUAUGCAUUCUAUUUUCCACAUGGCCAAAGAAGCUGUAGAUGGACAUUACAGUCUGGACGAAAUGAGUUGUUUCCCUUUUGAAAGCUACUUAGGUAAAUUGGUGAAAAUGAUAAGAACGCCAAACAAGCCAUUGGCUCAAGUGUGCGUGAGAUUAGCUGAGCAGUCCAAUUUUCUUGAAGAGUAUCCUUUAAAUAGAUGUAAUACAGUAAAUGAGAAUAAAACUAUACUCAACCAUCAUCAUGGCUAUAAAAUUAACAUUACAAGUGACAAGGAUUCAUUCAUAUUAUUGAAGAAUAAAAGGGUUAUGAAGGUUGUGGAAUUAAUAGAAACCAAUAAUAUUUUGACAAUCAAGGGAAGAAUAUUUGGGAGGCAAUAUGAAGCAUAUACCGAACCAGUUUCAUCAAAGGUGAUCAAUGUAUACAAAGUACAAGAACUGAACAAUUUCUUGUUCGAAGAACCUGUCGGGAAUAUAGAAUGCAAAUGUUUUGUUAUCCCCAUGGACAAUCAUUUCCUUGUAAUGGGAAUGUUGCAUAACGAACUGUGUAGUGUACGUGGAACAGAAGAGACAUGCUUGACAUCAACCCCCAGGAAGAGUAAGCAGGUCAUAACCCCAAAACAUAAACAUGAGGAAACGCAACACACACCAUCUCUCGAACUCCGCAAGGAAAACUUUCGGAUGCUCACCAUUCUGGAAAAACAUUUUGGAGCGAUGUCCGUAACAGCGGAGGCAGUGAGUAAAUUUACGUUGCCAGUUCAAACUGAUGAGGAUUUGGUGACACUGGAUGACAGUCUGAAUUCUGAGCAAAUCAGAGCUGAGAUGAUACUUCAAAUGUCCCUGGUUGGAGGUGACCAUCUACGUCAGAUGGUUAGCAACAUUCUGAAAUUUUUUCGAAAGAAAUGGCACUGAAGUUUUCUUGUUAUGGGCGACAAUCCAAGCGGUCAUUCAUCAAACUCAAGCUGUCAUCUGCUUUAACAGAUGCAGUUCGUCGCAAAUUUCCCAAUGUGACUGACAAAGAAAUCAACAAACACAUUGGAAACUGCCUUGCUACGUCAGGUGACCGCGAAGGAGGACGAAAAGACAGAACAAAAAUAACUGACAAGGUUGACGCGGGUGCAUUAAAUGCACAGGAAUUAUAGUCUUUUUAUUUUUAUAUAGCUCCACUCAUGUAAGAAUCUUUUUUUUUAUGCAAUAAAUAAAUUUCAUCUA